GCGCGUGAAGCCCAAACCCAUAACAACGCAAAGUUGCCAUCUGCUGCUCCGCCGUGAGCAUCCCAGGACUCUCUGUGAGCGCGCUUCCAUUCUCUCUCUACCGGACAGCCGGCCGUGGCCGACUUUUCAAACUGCGUCUCUGUUCGGAUUCUCUGUGCUUUUGAUCAAACGGCGUGGCCAGCCCUCCUCGCCUUGUCUGUCGUUGCCGCCUGCCUUGGCCACCUCCCGCUUUUGGACGAGCAUCGCGUGUGCUCCAGGCCGGGCUUCCAGUCCCGCCUCCCCCACGUGCUUCCCACCCACCUUCACACGAUCCCUUCAAUCAUUCCAUCCGGCAGCUCAGCAAGCUCUGAUCUUGCUGAGCCUGGACACCACUUCACUAGUCACUUUGGGUUAUCGUAAGGCUCAGCUGGACCGUCGACCCUGAUUCGCGAUCUCACCGCGCCCCGCCCCGCGCACCCUCGGGUCUACCCACCCCAAGCCCAGUCCUCCGGAAAGGACUGCCGGCUCGUCCCCCUCCCUGCUUGGUUCCCACUUUUCCUUUCUCCUUCACCCUGCCUCUUGGCAGCUCCCUUGGAUGACUUUGACGUCCUCUUCUGCGCCUUGACCUGCGUCUUGCUCCUGCCAUGGUAAGGUUGUGAUAUCUCUAGAACUUCAGGACCCAUGGGGAAGAAGAAGAAGAGCAAGGCGGGGGCCCGCGCCGCUGCUGGUGCGGGCCCUGCCAAGAAGAGGCAGAAGAGACUCCGCCAUCAAACUGAUCGUCGGAUCACCCCUGGACCGUUGCCUCCAGGCGUGGUCGCGAGGAUUCCUGCCCCCGUCAUCACCUCCAAGCACCGCACCUAUCUGGAGUUUGUUGAGAACAAGGACAAAAAGAAGAAGCUCGAGUUCGAGGUCACGACCGCACGAGAGCCCCCUCCCGGCUUUGAGUUUGUGCCUGUUGGGAAUCCCGACUUGACCAAAGCCUGCAAGGAACUGUCCCGAGGACAGGACGCUAUGAUCUUCAUCGUUUCGGACGCCAAAGAGGCGGAUGCGAAUCGACUAGGGAUCCAUAUGAACAGGGUAGGCCAUCACAUCAGGCGCACCAUUGUUGAAGAGGCUCGUGCGCAACUGGGCCAGCCGCUGGAGUACUUCCUCGAGACCGUGACUGGCAAUCCGGAGCCGAUCCCGGAGUCGCAGGAUGAGAUAAACGCACAGGCGGAUGGCGUUAUAAGAGAUCUCUUUCCCCGAAUGCCCAACACUGAUCGGCAGAUGAUCAUCGAUCAUUCUUUCCGCAAGGGCCAGGAAAACCGGACCGUUGGCCUCGCAGCGAAUAUCACUCUCUCCCGCCGCGUCCAACUUGCUGUUCUUGCUCACAUUCGCCACACGCACACACGAUACGACCAACUCAUCCGGGAGGUCGGUUGGAGCAAUGCCAGAAAGGCUGUUGAAUCUGUGUGCUUGGACUUCCUCGUCAAGUGGCGUGGAGACGAAGAGACCGGCCGGGAUCAACUUGACGAGAUCCUUCGGGAGAUUAUUGUCAUUUCGGACUCUGAGGAUUCAGACUCGGAUGACGACACGGACUCGGACGCCUCCGACGAUGAUAUUAGUGAUGACAGUCGGCCAGGCACUGCUUCCCGAGGUAGUAUCUCCAGCGGCGACCCUCCGACUGACCAGGCCAUUGUCGUUCCUGAUAUGCCAGAAGUCGGAGAUGUCGUCAUCUACGAUGAGGCUAUCCCACAUGAUUUCCAGCUCCGCAGGCCAGUUCACAGAAGACUCAAUUCCCGCAAUGUUCAGCGUUACGAAGCUGCUGCCCAGAGCAGGUGGCAGCAGGCCAGGGACAGAGUUCGCCAUGAGCCUGCCCGAGAUGCAUCUGCCUCACGGCCGGUUGCCACCCCUAAGGCAGGUGCGGCUGGCCAAGCAGAUCAGACUCAAGCCCGGGAGACAUCACGUCAGCCUUUCGAUCUGUAUGGGCGACCGUCGGUACCGCGCGACCACCAUAAUCUGCCAAGCCACCAAGGGGGCCAGGAGGUGCAGGCGCGUGAGUCUCUGCCUCCUGUGGCUGGCCCUGAGCCCGUACCAGUUUACCGAAGGGCCUAUCAACACACUGUAUCUCAUGGAGGCAUCCCGGUCAUCAGUGAGCACGAGAAUCCAGUGGAUUACAGGGCUCUUCGACCUACAACCGAGCGCCCCGAGCUCAAGGAUUAUUUGGUGCCUUCCGUUGAGCCCAGGUCUCCACAGGCAGAUGAUUCAUCAAGCCCUAUCUUUGUCCGUUCGUUGCCGCCGAGGUCUCAACAACCGCAACCUCACCUUCUGCAUCGACCCUCUGUGAAUGGUCAAGCAGUCAGGCGACGGUCGAGGAGCCCAUUGGAUCGCGGUUUGCACCAUUCUACUGUCCCAUAUCUUGUCCGAGAGCGUGAUCCUCUGCCUAGCAGGACACGCGUCGAUGAUGAGCGCCAUCCUGAAGACGCAAGGGCUCCAUAUGGAUCCACCGCGCCGCUGCCCAGGGGUGGCCUCGAGGGGUAUAUGGAACCUAUGCGAUUACGGUCCCCAUCAUACCCCGGGCAUAUCCCUCGAGAGGUUCAAAGGCCUGGACCCAGGGAUGGCCAUGUUGUGGCCUAUUCCAGGGCACCACCAAACAAUGACCCCAGGCCCGUCAUGCGGACAGACACCAGGGUUCCUCCUGGCUUUGACUAUCAGGAGAGCCGCAUCCUUAGAACGGAGCGGCAUCCGAUUGUGGUAGAGGACUGGGAACAUGGCGCGCAGAGGGUUCUACUCGUGCCCUCGCGGCGCGUGCAUCCGGAGCACACGCCACAUCUGAAAUAUGAAGGCGAUAUGAGGAUGCAACAGGGCGGGGGCCAUGCACCCGUCACUGCCCUGGGCGAACUCCCUCGGAGGACACCGCCUCACGGUUACGCGCAGCCACUACGAGCGGGAGGGGUUCGCUACGAGCGUCAACCCUCACGCGAGUAUGUGCCGGUCGCCGGCGUAUACUCUCAACCAAAUCCACAUCCGCCCGCGCCUGCGCCUGCACGACCGCCAUCGCCGCUUUUCUAUGAGAGGAUCCGCAUUGACGAUCAGAUGCACCAUCCAGCGGCAGCUGGCGGUUUUACGGGCCGCUACGGGGGCGGGUUCACUCCAAUCAAUGUUGAUCAACAUGGCCGUUCCCUCUUGGGAGGCCCAUCCGGCGACCAAUCAUUCCCCAUUCAUAACAAUCCAGAAUACCUUCCGCGAACAUAUCCUCCUAAUGGGCUUGGUGGUGUCCCAAGGCCCCAGCACCCCCCCGCGCCAGCACACCAGCGAAGCGAAUACAUUCAACUCGACUGAGCAGUGUCUCGAACACCUCGUUCAACUUCUUGCACAUGUUUCCCCCCCUUCAGCCUUGUUAUUUUCUGAUGGGAAUCCAGCCCAUCCCUUGAAAACUUUGCAACAGGGCAAUCUUUUCUGUGUAUACCUGUUUCGGCUCUCGGCACGGAUUUGGGGUAAUUGGUCAUGUUAGAAGGGCAGGUCGGAGCAUUAGGGUGCAUGGUCAUCUUCAAGGAGCAUGAUAUCCAGGGUGCGGAAUUCUCGAGUCUUGUUGUCUUUUUCAACAGGGAUGAUACCCGCGUUGCAUUAUUGGCGUUGUGUUUAUAUCUUGCGUGUGUGGUGGUUUACCACGGGGCGUGUCUUUGGUAAAUGGCACACCUUUUGGCGAGGCUGGCCGUGGCGGAUUUGGCCUCCAGCUGCGAUGCUUUGAAUUCAAACAAAUCUGGUUGCCGGCUUGAUUCGGCACAAAACUGAACACUGCAUACUUUGGACUGAGAAUAGGGGGC